CUACUUCCUGUAAAAUACGCUUGACAGGAACACCUAUGAGACGUUAGCCGACAUUGUUUCGGAAGAGAAAUGGAAGACUUGUCAACUGUUCCCUUCGGUGCAAAGCCGUUAUAAUUAACCUACUGUCUGAUGAUAAUAUUGAUGAACUCCUAACAAAUUUGAAGCCCUUACCUUCCAGUUCUGAAGCUAUGGCUAGUAUGGCUAGUUUGGAAAUUCUGGACAUCAGUGCAACUCCUACCUCACCAAUCAAGGACUUUGAUCAGAAAGAGGAGAAAAGAUCAGAGAAAUACCAACACCUCCGAGGGCGAAACAAUAAAACGUCCUGUCGAAGCCCGCCGAGAGAUGUGGAUACUAGAUUAAUAAAAGAUAUGCUUCAACACAAGAGACACCUGGAGUUCCAGAGAAGGAGAGCUGGGAGCCCAGAGUUUUGCCCGGAGAGGACUGUGAAUUCAAUAUAUUGUUCCACAAAGAGAAACCCACUGGCAAAGACAGGUCAUGUGAAACAUCAGAGCGCAGUACCGAUGGCUCAGAUGCUGGAUAAACAAACCCAAAGGACCGCCACGUCCAUAGAGGACCCCACAGGGGUGUUGAUCUCAAACAGAUUAGGGGUCAAUGACCCGAAUCCUGGUAAAUGGGCUACCUUAUGGUCAGAACCUUUACCGUUGAAAGGCCAGAAGGAAGAUAUGCCAGGGCAACAGGAGACAGCAGGUUUCGCAUCAGUAUCCCUAGCAGAGAACUCCAUUCAGCAGAAUAUGAAAGGACAACAAGCAACUAGCAUCAAAACAAUCACAGCAACUGAAGAUUUCCACACAACCAUGUCCUCUAACUCUCGUAUUCUCAUUGAAGCUACGGUAGAGCAAAAGAUAUUACAAGAAGCCUGUGUGCAGACUGACCCUGGCCUGGUCACUGUUAAGGCAUCUGAUGUUCAGCAACUCGCUGAGUACUUGCAGGAGGCUCUGUGGAGAGAGGAGGCUUUGAAGAAGAAGAUGGCCAUCCUUCAGCAGAGCGCAUCCAGCCUGCUAAACUCCUCCGACAACAUUUGGACUGCUCGCUGCAACGAGGACCUUCUGACAAACAGGAUAACAUCUCUAGAGGCGCAACUGCAGCUCUGCUUUCAGAGGCUCCCUAAAGACGGACUGAAGAAGCUGGUCCUGACAAUGGAGAGGCAGAAACUGGUGUAUGAGGAGAAGGCCUUGGCUGCCCUGCAGAAGGCCACACUGGAGAAGACAGAUGCAUUGGUUGAGUCGCACCACUUCCAGGAGGCGCUGGAGACAGCCAAGACAGAGUCCUCGAGGUGGCAGGGUCUUUAUGAGGAACAGAAGCAGAUCUCAGGGCAGCUAAAGGAGUGUCACGAACGCACCAGUGGACAGGUGGACCAGCUGCACAGCCAGCUAAAGCUGUCCAGUGGCCAGCAGGAGGUGCUGAGGGGGCAGACGAGCACUCUACAGCGGGUCCAUGAAGAGAUGCAACGCAACAUCUCCCUUCUGGAGCAGGCCAACCAGGCCCUGAGGAAUGACCUCUGCAUGAAAGCCCGUACCCCCGAGUGCUGGGACUUCACAGUGCAGGUGUGCCUGCCAUCAGAGGAACCUGAGGAAGAACAGAAGGAGCGGGAAGACAAGGAGGACGGGGAGGAGGAGGACGGGGAGGACACGGAGGAGGAGGACACGGAGGAGGAGGACAGGGAGGACAAAGAAGAGAAGGAACAGUCGCUGCUGGUGCAGGAGCUUAGGGACACGCAGGAGAGACUCAGAACCAAAGGACAACAGUGUGUGGAUCUGGAGGCAGAGCUGGAGGCCAUGCAGCAGGAGUACAGGUCCAGCCAGGCCCGGCUGACGCAGUGCAGGGACCAGCUGAGGCUGCUCAGCCAGCGGCACAGCAGCACGCUGGCACGGGGGUCCCGAAGAUCCUGGACGAGGAUGUUUGUCCUCCUCAUUGUAAUCCUGGCUUUCACAGGGGUUGCCAUGUUGUCACUGUGGCACCCCCCUUUCAGGGAUCAAGUUGCCAUCAUCCUCUCAGACAUAGAGACCAGAAUUGAGGACUAUCUUAUGGAAAUGGCUUCCCACCGCCACUGUUACAGACCUGUAUGAAAUAUAUGGUAAUGUUAUUAUUCCAAGCUAUUUAAAUGGAAUAUUUAAAUGGAAUAGAUGAAUAAAUAGUUCCUAAUUAUUUAUCUUAGUAAUUUUAAAGAUAACAUUGGACUAUCUUUAGUGAAACUUGAUGAAGUGGGAGGAAUAGCCUAUAUGAUAUUCAUGGUACUUGCAUAAUAUGUAGGGUUAGGGCAUGACUGCGGCAAGUUCAAAUAUAAAAACAGAUAAUCCAAUGUAAUCUUAUGUGUUCAUCAGUUACCUCAUUUUGUAAUUAAACUUUCUGGAAACAUCCGACCAA